CGGCAGUUCAGUCUGUUCUGAUAUAUAUAUCUUGCAAGUAUUCCCAAAAGACGUGCAACAUUCGAACAUAUCCCAAAACAUCAAUCUACUCAAACUCAACAACCCAACAACUAAGCAGGUAAAUUAAUUACCUGUUUUAUUUCUUAUUAGAGAAUCAUUCACAAUUUCGUUCCUCCGGCCUCUCUUCCGCAGAAUGGGCAAGCCCGUCGUCCCGAGAACCGGCCACGCCACGGCGCGCAUCAACGGCACCGUCGUCGCCGAUGCCACGGAGUGGCGCGAGACGGAAGGCAACGUGUAUUUCCCUCCGGAGAGCGUCAAGAAGGAGUAUUUCUCGGGCACGGACUUGACUACUUGGUGUCCGUGGAAAGGAGAUGCGAGCUAUUACAGCAUUGAUGUUGGCAGUGCAAAGCAUGAGAAUGCGGCCUGGUAUUACAAGGAGCCUUUGGCGGGCGCUGUUGAUUUGAGGGAUCACGUUGCUUUUUACAAGACCAAGGUUGAGGUAACGGUGGAGUAACGGGUCGGCAUGGGAUGCCGAAUAUGUCAAUGAAGCAAUGAGAAGAAUAUCCAAAUGAACUAUAUUGAGCACAA